AUGUCUUUCCGGGGCCACGAUGAAGGUGAAACUUCUACUAAAAGAGGAAACUUUGUAGAACUCUUACAAUGGUAUGCAGAUAGGGAUGAUGAAGUGAAAAAAGUUGUGCUACAAAGUGCUCCACAAAAUAACAUGAUGAUUGCUCCAAAUAUCCAAAAAGAGAUCGUGAAUGCUUGUGCGAAAGAAAUAAUUAAAGCAAUAGUUGAAGAUUUAAAUGGAGAUUAUUUUGGAAUUUUGGUUGAUGAAUCUAAGGACGUCUCUCAUAAGGAACAAAUGGCUCUUGUUCUGCGGUAUGUCAACAAAGAGGAAAAACUUAUUGAGCGAUUCCUUAGUAUUGUUCAUGUUAAAAAAAUAACUUCAUCGUCAUUACAAAAAGCAAUCUAUGAUUUGCUUUUAGAGCACUCAUUGAGUCCAUCUCAAAUACGGGGACAAGGUUAUGAUGGAGCUAGUAACAUGCAAGCCGAAAUCAAUGGUCUUAAAACUUUAAUUCUGAAAGAUAAUCCUUCGAUAUAUUGUAUACAUUGUUUUGCCCAUCAAUUGCAAUUGACUCUUGUAGCCGUUGCAAAAAAAUAUUGUGAUGUAGAUCAAUUUUUUUAUAUUGUUGCUAAAGUCUUGAAUAUUGUUGGAAGUUCUUUUAAGCGUAGGAAUAUGCUACGAGAGGAUCAGGCAAAAAAAUUAGAGGAGCUACAAGUGCUUGGUGAAAUUCAUACAGGAAGUGGACUAAAUCAAAAACUUGGACUCCAAAGGCUAGAGCUUAACAGUCGUUUUGAUGCGGUGAAUAGUAAUCUACUUCUUGAUAUGGCUAGUUUGAGUCCGGAUAAUUCUUUUACAAAUUAUGAUAAAGACAGAAUUAUGAAACUUGCUACACUUUAUCCUCAUGAGUUUAGUGGUUCAAAGCUUGAAGAUCUCAGUUACGAGCUUGACAACUAUAUUCUCUUUGUGAAAGAAGACAAUGAUUUCUCUAACUUGAAAGGACUUGGAGAUCUUUCAGAAACAUUAGUUGAAAUAGAUUUGUACAAGACUUGGAGACUUAUAUUUUUACUUAUGAAGUUAAGUCUGAUAUUGUAUGUCGCUACUGCAACAGUAGAAAGAGCUUUUUCUUUAAUGAAGUACAUCAAAAAUGACUUGCGUAGCAAAAUUGGUGAUGGAUUUUUGAAUAACUGUUUAGUUUGUUAUAUAGAAGAUGAAGUAUUUGAAAGUGUACCUAAUGAUGCGAUUAUUGAUCGUUUUCAAAACAUGACAACCCUGUUGGUUCUGUUGCGUCCCACCUGCGCAUUUUUGGCCACAAGUGCGUGCCCGCUUCUGCGAAGGAAAUGUCUCUUCUGCGACGUUGAGGCUGGGAAGGAAGCUUCGCUUCAGCGAAGCUUUGAUCGCAGGUGCGAUACCGCUUCUGAGGCCAGCCGAUCGCAAAUGCACACCCCGUCUCUUAUGCGGCUCCUUCUUGCGCUUCUACGCAUCCGCAAAUACAGCCCAUUUUUCGUAGAUGCGAAACUCGCAUGGCUGCUUGGCUUUGCAAAUGCGGCCCUUAUCUCGCAAAUGCAAGGCCGCAGAUACGAUCUUUUGCCCGUAAAUGCGAGACUUGGCAUAACAUUAAGGGGUCAUUUGGUAUGA